CCAUUCUCACACUGCCUCAAACUCACUCCCCAUUUUCUCAAAAAUAGUUUAUAGUUUUAACCUCUUCCUCCUCUUAACACAUGAGAGAAGGAACACUAUCAAUUACAAGAUAUGGAGAGUCAGGAUCUUUCACCACCCCAGGUGGACGCAUCUCGUCCGUCCCUGGGAUUCCCUCUGGGCACAGCCCUCCUCUUGAUCAUCAUCUUCAGCUUGAGUGGUAUCUUCUCUUGCUGCUAUCACUGGGACAAGUUCAAAGCACUCCGAGAUUCUUUCUCUCAAGAUCACCAGCCCAAUGAUCCUGAGUCUGAUAUCGAAUCUUCACCCUCAAAACCUAACCCCAUAAGCACGGGUUUGAAGCAAAAUCAAAGCCAAAGCUUGCCUGUAUUGAUGCCAGGGGAUCGAAUUCCAAAGUUCAUAGCAAUGCCAUGUCCAUGUAACCCUCCACAUCCAGAAAAGGUAGUGGUAAAAGUGCAAAAGCCACCAAAGCCACUACCACGUUUUCCAGUGCCUUUGUACUAGCAAAGUGACCAUUUGUUGUAUGUGUUAUUGUUAUGUGUGACACUGAUGGAAGCAAAUUUUACUUUCGAUUCCCCUGUAAAAGCACUAGGUUUACUGAUAUUGUUUAUUAGCCAACUAGAACAGGCCGAUUUGUAAAUUUUUACUACAGUAUUUCAUUUAAUCCAAGUGUUGUAGUAAAUUUUGUAAUUAUUCAAAGAGGGAAGGGAAUUGAUCAGUCAGUGCUAUGCAAAUCCAAUUUGGUUGCUGAA